CUGGGUCCUGGGAGGGAAGGAUCGGGUCUCGUCGUCAUUGGGCCGCGGUGAUUAGUUUGCCCAGCCAAAGGGCGACUGAGCCCGCGGAAAGGGGAGGAGCCCCGGGGGCCAGCCCGCAAGGAACCGCCCCCGGGACCGGCCUGGGAGCUUGCGGCCGCCUGAGCCCCGUCUCCGGGCCGUGGCGCCAGGCCCCACCCCGCCCUGGGUAGGGCGCCGGGUCCCGCCGGUUGGCGUCUGGGACAGCGCCUGCGCCCGGGUGCCAGCCUGUGGGAAGGUGACCCAAGGCGGCGGGACAACCCGAGCCCCUUCCGGUCCGAUCAGCCGGGCGUUUCCGGUCGGAAGGCGCUCGGUGGGGAAGGGGGGCUGAAGGGAAGUCCCGCCUCUGCCGCGGACGCCGCCACGCACUUGGCCCGGUCGUGGAAAGGCGGGCAGAUCUGAUUCCGGAGCUGCCAUGAUUGAAGUGGUAGCAGAGCUGAGCCGAGGUCCUGUGUUUCUGGCGGGGGAGGCGCUGGAGUGUGUGGUGACAGUCACCAACCCCCUACCCCCCACGGCCACUUCUGCAUCCAGUGAGGCUUUGGCCUGGGCCAGUGCCCAAAUCCACUGCCAGUUCCAUGCCAGUGAGAGUCGAGUAGCACUACCUCCCCCUGACGCCAGUCAGCCAGACGUCCAGCCUGAGAGCCAGACUGUCUUUCUACCACACCGAGGUGAGAGGGGUCAGUGUAUCCUUUCCACUCCACCAAAAAUCCUUUUCUGUGAUCUGAGGCUAGAUCCUGGAGAGUCCAAAUCAUACUCCUACAGUGAAGUGCUGCCCAUAGAGGGACCACCCUCCUUUCGGGGUCAGUCAGUCAAGUAUGUCUACAAACUGACCAUUGGCUGCCAGCGUGUCAACUCACCCAUCACUUUACUCAGGGUCCCUCUGAGGGUUCUUGUGCUGACAGGCCUUCAAGAUAUCCGGUUUCCCCAGGAUGAGGCUGUAGCCCCAUCUAGUCCAUUCUUGGAGGAGGAUGAAGGUGGGAAGAAGGAUUCAUGGCUAGCAGAGCUGGCUGGGGAGCGUCUCAUGGCUGCCACAUCCUGCCGCAGCCUCCAUCUAUACAAUAUCAGUGAUGGCCGAGGAAAAGUUGGGACAUUUGGCAUCUUCAAAUCUGUAUACAGACUCGGCGAGGAUGUGGUGGGGACCUUAAACUUAGGGGAAGGAACUGUAGCUUGUUUGCAGUUUUCAGUAAGUUUACAGACUGAGGAACGUGUACAGCCUGAAUACCAGAGGCGCCGCAGGACAGGGGGUAUCCCCUCUGUCUCUCAUGUGACUCAUGCCCGGCACCAGGAGUCCUGCCUGCAUACAACCAGAACCAGCUUCUCCCUCCCCAUCCCUCUCAGCUCCACCCCAGGCUUCUGCACAGCCAUUGUGUCCCUGAAGUGGAGAUUGCAUUUUGAAUUUGUAACAUCGCGAGAACCAGGUUUGGUGCUCCUACCUCCCUUGGAACAGCCUGAGCCUGUCACCUGGACAGGGCCUGAGCAAGUGCCCGUAGACACCUUCAGCUGGGACCUUCCAAUCAAGGUGCUGCCCACAAGCCCUACCCUGGCCUCAUAUGCAGCCCCAGGCCCCAGCACCAGCACCAUAACCAUCUGAAACUGACUCACCACGACGCUGACUUUCUUCAGGAUACUGAGAACUCAGCACCUGGACUCUAUAGUAGGGCCCAUUUUCCCCACCUGGGUCCAGUGGCAUGGACAAUGAGAGGCAGGCUUUUAGCUGUAGCAUUAAUUUAUUUAUUCAGAAUAAAUUGGCAGCUGCUAGUGGUUUCCCUGGAA